CUGCUGCUGACUCAUCCCAUCACCGAGCACUUUUUGUUCUCGGACUAUCUUUUCGACCACUUCUAGCCCAUCCUAAGUGUUCGAGAUCGACAAGCCUGAACACUCAAGGCUCAUUUUAAUAAGGCCCGCUGUGGUUGGAUGCUCAACCAUGCUCGAAGGGGUCUGAUUUAAUGCUGCGCAGCCGCGAAAGCUCGGAGGCUGCCCACAAUAACAAAAUGCCUAAUACAUGCGAGGUUUGCGCCUCGGAACCCUCCAAAUACCGAUGUCCGACAUGUGGGCUUAUGAGUUGCUCGCUCGUCUGCACACAGUCCCAUAAGAUAUAUUGUGCCGCCAAAGCACCGUCGCUAAAGGCAUCCAAUGAAGUGAAUGAUGAAAUUCAACACCAUCCUGAAAACGCCGAUGGGCCUCCUGGUGGAACUACGCAUGAAACAUCGAAUGGCGUCGACCCGCGUACUUUAGGGUCUUCCCCGCAACUUAAGGAACUAUUCGAGUGCUAUCCUGCGCUACGUGACCAGCUGCAAGAUAUCUAUAAGGCUACCCUUGAGGAGGAAUGGAUUGAGACCCAAAUGCAGGGGGGCCGACGACCCUUUGGAAGGGGUAAAGGAGCUCCGCGCAGUCGAGGGCCUUGGACCCGUGAAAAGGGCUUUAACAGAGGCUUGGGAAAGGUCAGAAAACUGAGAGAGAUGUGCGAAGAAGGCUCGGAGGUUGGGAAAAAUGCCGAAGGCUAUAUGCGAUUCAUGGCCUUGGUUAAUGGGGAGCGUCUCCCACAGGAAACUCUAUGACGGAAUAUUAUUUUAAUGGCUUCCUCAUUUUCCUUUCCUCGUCGAGUCAUAGUCGCGUGCAUGGAACGUCGGUUCUUUCACAUACACGUGUUUUUUAACCACCUUCGACCUCAGAGGACUGUGCCGAGGCUGGACGUCACGUUUCCGGGUUGGUGGAAGGCAAACGGGAACGACCCUAGGACAGGAUUAUGAAUAGACGUCUCCUCACGUCGGCGGUUCCCUGAGCAGAGGUGAACAUAUGCGUGACCGAUUUGAUCAAUGUAUAUUAGGUCUUACUAUUACGAAGGAGGAGAAACUCUACACGAGAAAAUUAGUUUGGGAGUUUGG